GCUCUGAAAGCGGUGAAUGUACGUCGGGAUGAUUAAUUAUUGUGUAGACUGGAUUGCACCGGAUCGGACUGUGCCUCGCGCCUCUCGUGUGUCUCUCGUUCCGUCGGGCAUUCGUAUAAGUCCUGCCUUCGGUGGCUACUUGACCCGAGUCAAUGGAUCACUCCAGACGGAUCAGCCCCGGAACAGUUUAAGAUGGCUUGUCGAGAUUAUCGACCAAUGUUGCCAAUGCCAUGGAUGAUGGCGUUGGGGACGAAAUAAUCUGGCGCGGUGGCUGACGAGGGUUCACUGGUGAGACUGAAUAGGAACGAGGGUGCUGAAAGUGCGCAAGGUAUCCGUAUACCAGUAGAGUAAGGUGGUGCCGAGUGCCUCGAUUCUCGAGGCAAGGAUGCGAAAGGUGAUGUACGUCAGCGGUGGUUUGGUGAUAGAAGAAAUGAGGUGACUUUUGAAUGCUAGCGGCAGCAAGACGACGGGAUUCGAUCCAUACGGCCUUGCCAACGACGCAAAACAGACUGCAGGAGGGUGUGAUUUGACAAGUUUCCUGGGACUGAGUCAGGUAGAUGUAACGCGGUGAAGGCAGAUGUGAAUACUCCGUACCAAAGUUGAACGGUGCAGAAGUCGAGAUGUAGAUCGGCCUACCUUCCUGUUAGACUGCUUACCUUAGGUACUCACGCACUACAGCAGAUGCUCCGGGCGAGUCAAGAAGGAUGUUGCUCAACCACCCUGACUUCCACGAUGCAUUAGGCAAAUAAAUUGUGCAAUUCACUCGAAUGUACGGAUACAAGUCGAUUGAGUAGGAUUUCCGCGGGAAUAAAAGGAAGGAAGGAGCUGAGAGGUUUACGAAGAACCAAAAGGAAACUCCCAUCAGCGCAGCUGCCGUCUAAAUCACAAUUGCCAAAGGUACCUGCCUACAUUCCUAAGGUGCGUAGGUACCUGCGCUCGCCCUACCUAUCUAAACCAGGGCAUCGACUCGAUCUACCAUUCCACACUUCUAAUGCCAACAUAUCGUACGGAUAUAUACUUCAACCUCCAAGAUACACUUCUCGCCGUUGCAUCGGGACCGAUCACCGACCUUCCGUCUACCGAUGCAUCGCUCACCUCGCCCCUCCCGCCAGUUCCUCGGACUGUCUAAGGAUUGCUGAUGAACGGGUACCGAGGCCAUGUGCCGCAAAACUCAGCAGCCUGGUCUGCCUUUCAAUAUGUCCAAGUCAAGCAGGCCAAUCCUUCUCAUCUCGAACAAUUGUCAAUGAAAGACAGGCUUAGGUGGUUUGCUCUGCUGCUCCAGCAAUACAUGGCAUUGCAUGUCACGGCAUGGCAAUAGUCACUAGCGGCAGCAUGGCCUCAUGGAUCAUGGUUUGUGCUGGAGCCCGAGCUGCAGGAGACAUCCCAGUUCGCUCUGCACCAGUUCGUAACCUAGGACCGAGAUGGCUGGCGAGAAAUGGAUGGCCGACUGACUUGCUACUGCCUUCCAAUCGCAUCGCAGCCGCUUGUCACAAGCCAUCAUCGUCGCUGGCCUUUGUUCGCUCUCGCCAACGGCAUCUCCCGCAUGAGGUACCGAAAGACUGCCGCAACGUUCCGAGACUGAUAGAUUAGCAGCAGACAGUUUCCUCGAUGCUGCUUCGAUACUCAGUCAAGCCAGUGAAGCUCGUCUCGGCCGCUGGAAAUUCGUUUGAACCUGCACCUUUCAGUCGUCCCACCCGCUCUAACACUGGCUCAACGUUGAUGAAUGACGUGCAAACGAGGCACUGCUAGAUUCAAGAUGAGCCAUGGUAAAGUUAUCUUAAUCAAAGGACAAGCAUCCUAUCAUCCCUUACCGGCCCGAAGUCAUUGCUCUGGACAGUUGCAAGGAAUAACCUCGCCUCUACUUUCUCCCAAGAGGACCGCCCUCAAGCGUCUCGGGGCUUCCGCACCGCACGCAAUGACCUUCUGGGGGGCAUUAUUCGGUUCCGAACCCAAAAGAUGCCAGUGCUGCGACUUCUAGUACCUUAGCUUAUUCCGUGACAUCAACUUCCCGAGUUCUCCGCGUGGACAUGCAACGGCCAUCACCAGUUGAGAAAUGGUGGAACAGCAAGUGAGAAGGCUACACGGCUGGGCCGAGCGGUGCGGCCAACUCAGACGGAGCAAAGAUUCUGUACUUUUUCGCAAGGACUCGGCUCCGGAGAUGCACGGCUGGCUGUCCAACAAGUUACGACAACAUGUUUCUGCAUGCCGAACCGCACCUUGUCUUUGGCUGGCCUGAUCUUCCACAGUCACAAGCUGAGUUCUGACAGGUGGAGGGAAAGGUGCCCUGCAAUGUGUAGCAGAUGCGGCACCGAAGGUUAGGUAUAGGUCGCCCCAAGCAGUGCCGCCCAGCC